AUGGCUUCUCGAUUACCGUUUCAUCGCCUCUCUGGGCAACACCUGAGGACUCUUCAUCGAAACAACAGCGUUUCCCGCAGCCUCCACAUCGGCCGCGCCAGAAGCUUGACGUCUGUUGCACUCCAGAAGAGCGUUAAUGGUUCUCUCAAGUCAAGCGCGAGUCUCCAGCAGGUUACGGCUCUGGGGCCCAAAAUGUCUCGCUUCAGUAUCGCUCCUUUCGGGGCUACUCAGGUGCGGACUUAUGCGGACACUGUUGUCAAGGUUCCGCAGAUGGCGGAAUCGAUCACCGAAGGGACAUUGAAGCAAUUCUCCAAACAGAUCGGUGACUACGUUGAACGGGACGAGGAGAUCGCAACCAUUGAGACUGACAAGAUUGAUGUAUCCGUUAAUGCCCCUGAAUCCGGUACCAUCAAGGAGUUCCUCGUGAGCGAGGAAGACACCGUCACAGUUGGACAGGACCUUGUCAAAUUGGAGCUUGGUGGCGCCCCUGAAACCAAGAAGGAAGACGCAACUGAAAAGCCGGCCGCGCCAGCUGCUGCUGACAAGCCCACGGCUUCCGAACCUGAGAAACCUAAGGCACCCGAGGCACCCCAGUCUUCCUCCCAGAAGGCCACACCUCCGGAGCCCAGUCCCUCAAAGAAAACAGAGCCGGCAGCUACAAAGCCGCAGGUCUCCGAAGAUGCGAAGCCCAGCGUUGGGGGUCGCGAAGAGCGGAGGGUGAAAAUGAACAGGAUGAGAUUAAGAAUCGCGGAACGUCUGAAGCAGUCCCAGAACACGGCAGCUUCUCUCACCACAUUCAACGAAGUCGACAUGUCCUCUCUGAUGGAGUUCCGCAAGCUGUACAAGGACGAUGUAUUGAAGAAGACUGGUGUCAAACUCGGAUUCAUGAGUGCCUUUUCUCGCGCUUGCGUUCUUGCCAUGAAAGACGUUCCUGCUGUUAAUGCCUCCAUUGAAGGUCCCAAUGGUGGGGACACUAUCGUUUAUCGUGAUUACGUGGAUAUCAGUGUGGCCGUUGCCACUGAGAAAGGACUCGUGACACCAGUGGUCCGCAAUGCGGAGACCAUGGACCUCGUUGGCAUUGAGAAAGCAAUCGCGGAUCUUGGCAAGAAGGCUCGUGACAAUAAGUUGACUAUCGAGGACAUGGCUGGAGGCUCUUUCACCAUUAGCAAUGGCGGAGUUUUUGGCUCUCUGAUGGGAACUCCCAUUAUUAAUCUCCCACAGACAGCUGUUCUCGGACUCCACGCAAUCAAAGACAAGCCGGUGGCUGUGAACGGUAAAGUUGAAAUUCGCCCUAUGAUGUAUCUUGCCCUGACUUACGAUCACCGACUCUUGGACGGCCGUGAGGCUGUGACUUUCUUGGUUAAGGUCAAGGAAUACAUUGAAGACCCCCGUCGGAUGCUGCUGGGGUAG